CAGGGCUGCGACGUUGUAGAACCUGCUGAGCUCUGGAGGACCCAAGAAGCUCAUGGACUUUUCCAGGCCUGGCUUUAGCCCCUGGAGGUGGAUUACCCUUGUGGCCAGUUUGCUGACCUGUGGGAUCUGCCAGGCUUCUGGUCAGCUCUUCAUCAGCCCUGACUCACUCAUAGGAGUGGAGAAGCACCGGACCAUCCUGACCCUAGAAAAUGUCCCAGAAGAUGUCCUGGAGUACAGCUGGUAUCGGGGCACGGACAACAGUACAGGGAACAUGAUUUUCAGCUAUAAGCCUCCGAAUACCCGACACCCGGGACCCUUGUUCAGUGGUCGUGAGAAUGUGACCCGUGCAGGUAGCCUGGUGUUUAAGAUGUCAGCGGUAAAUGACACAGGCAACUAUACUGUUGAAGUGGACGCAAGCAACGGGACCCAAAGAGCGACUGGCUGGCUCGAGAUCUUAAAGUUGGGAAAUGACCCAGGCAUCACAGCUAAUGCCUCAGCCAAUACCAGCACCCUGGUGGAAGGUAUGGAUUCCGUGCUUGCCGAAUGUCUUACCAACUCCUCGAACAUCAAGUGGUAUUUGAAUUCUGUACCAACCUCAGGCAGUAACCGCAUGACCAUUUCCUCGGAUGGCAAGACUCUGGUCAUCCACAGAGUCAGUCGUUCUGACUACAGUCUUCAGUGCACCAUAGAAGACAUCCCAGAAAUAAUCCAGAGAAGUGAGGUGAUUCGCUUCUCUGUGUCCUAUGGGCCAGACUAUGUGUCACUGUGGACCCAGCCCGAUUUCUUUGCUGGUGUGCUGACUGCUGCUAUUGGUUCCAGUGUGCAGCUGGAAUGUACCUGUUUCUCCAGGCCAAAACCCAAGUACCAUUGGAUCCAUAACGGCUCCCUCCUAAGCAUCUCAGAGGAGAACAUGACCCUCCCCAGUCUUUCCUGGGAACAAAUGGGCAGUUACCGGUGUAUUGUGGAGAACCUGGAGACCCAGCUGGCCUUCUACAGAGAUGUCACCAUCCAGCCACCUCAACUUGGGCCACUGCCUACUGUGAACAAAGAGUUCUACAUCCCAGGAUACUGGGUGAAAUUUCUCAUCCUGUUGGCAAUCGCAGGAGGUGUCUUUGUGUGUUUAAUCCUGGCCUACACCCUGUUCCUAUUCUGCUCCACAGGAAAAACUUGUCAUAAGUGUCCAUGCAGACCAGUCAGGCAGGGAGAUGAGGGAGAGAGACAGAGGAGAAAGAGUCUCCUGUGA